AUGAUAAAAUUAUGUUGAUUUUUUUAUGAUUAUAAAGUGGCUUUGGGUAGAACAAAUAUAUAAGACUUUUAACCAAAACAUUAGCUUUUAAAUAAGGCUAAAAAAUGGGAAAUUAUUUUACUGUUAAUAUGGAAGAAAAUUUUAAACGAAAUCAUGAAUUUAUCACUGAAAUGAAUUCCAUAAAGUUAGAGAGGCAGUUGCAAAUGAGGCAACAAUUGAAAGAGAGAGAAGUUGCUUUAGAAAUAGCAGCAUCAAGAGAAUUAUUUUUUUGGUAUGGUGCUUUUUAUGUGACUAGUCUAUUUCUCCUAAGUGCUGCUUAUAAAAGAAACAAGAAAAUUGGCCUUCUUUCUCCAAUCGUACCAUUAUCAUUUAUAAUGGCAUAUCAAACAGAUCUUGCCUAUGGUACCAAAAGAAAUAGAAUUAAAGCCGAAGCAGAGCAUAUAAUGCAAUUCGAAAAAGAUUUACUAGAACCGCCCUUAGGAGUUCCCUCAGUUGCCUCUAUUGAUAUUGCUAGAGAACAAAAUGAAGAGAAAAGACUUUUACAUCCUGUUAUCCCCACUCUUUAAGAUAUUACAAAUGUUUUAUUAUCAUUGAUAUACACUUUGCAUUUAUCAUUAUUUUUUUACUGUUAUAUAUUAUAUUAUUAAUACUGCUAGAUUUUAAGCCAUUAACUUUACAAUAUAACUGGUACUAUGAAGAACACCAAAUACAAGGUGUUCUAUUUAAAUAACGUUAAAAGUAGUAAACACUUUCCACAAAUAUUUAUUUGCAACAAUUUUAAACUUUAUGAAAUUAUGAAACCUAUAUUCCUUAUGUAAACAUAAUUUUGAAAUAUCACUCAAUUAUGUAUGUGAUGAGCAAAACUAUAUUACUUAAA